UUCAAACACCGAUCAGCUGGGCGGUCGGAUAUGUGUGGUAAAACACAAUGUUGUGCACAUUACCCAGUGAAGAUAAGCCCUGCAUGUCGUCGGAAGCUAGCACCAGCCCAGCCGGACGAACGACUAGUUUCGUCUACGGAGUGAUCACUGGAUUGUGCAUCGCUAUUUUGAUACUGAUUGGGCUAGUUCUGUUCUCCGAGUUAUUGAAAGGAACCAAGCCGGACCCACCCAAGAAGGUCGAUACCAAACUUCCAGUCGACCGUGUGGCCAGCACUUGAGGCUUUUCUUGAAAUACUGCCGAGAUAAUUGUUUAACCAGCUGGUGCACGUAAUGCCUACUAUGUUCGCCGGGUCGAAAGCUGAUAACAUGUUAAUCCAUUGAAUGAUCGGAGUACCGAAAUGCAGCAUAACAUUAAUUUGUUAAGAAUGAAAAUUCGAACAGCAACAAAUAGAUGUUGCACGAUUAAUCGUGAAUUAAGCUUGCAAAUGAGUGGGGCGUGAUUCCAGAGUUUUUGUUAUCUCAACUUUCUCUCCCAAAACUCUCGUGCAGAAUUUGGGCAAUUGGAUACUCGCUCACACUACUAUCACAGUAGGCCUGGUCGGUCUACAGAGGCUCACAAGUCACCGAAAAAGCAGAUCGCAAAGAUAAGGUGGUAAUUCUAAUCAGCAUUUUGUGCAGAUGAAUUCCAUGCAGCAAACGCUCCUCUUCGCCGACACAAAGGCCGUCCCAAGCCGACGCUAUUGCAAGAAUACCAUAUCCAUUGUUGAAAUAUCAUCUUUACUGGAGCCUAAGCAAUUUUAUUUUGUGUUACGAACACGAAGAUCCGGUUAUCCAUGUCCCUGUCGGUAGAGUGCAUACGACGGGCAGCUUCUAAGUGAACUGUAACACCAAAGGGAAACGCAAACAAGCAUAGCGUGUUGCCCGCCCAUCGAACCGACUACGCCGGAUAUGGGGCCAACGGCCAAUCGCUGACGAAAAUGCAGCACACCAUACUUACCCGCGAUCAAUCAACUGUACUUCCAAAAUCCAUUUAAUACAAUGGAGCCAACCGUGUCCUAAUUUCAACUCUACUUCCAAGCAAAAAGUUUGGAAUGACUUGUGCUGUAAUGAUAAAGGUUAUACCAGGAGAAUAAGGCUUCCGCUACCUUUGUACAUUCGACAUUCAAGCAGAAUUGCACGGAUUAGGUGACGGGGUUGUCAGUAAUCCUAAAACCGGUUACAUUCUAUCUUAGUUUUAUUCUAAAAAAUACACUAAGUUCUGCA